CUGUGUGGUCUUAAAUGCUCCUCAAUGUCACACAUUUUGUGACAAUUAACUUUCGUAGCGAUUCUUAUCAAGUUGUUUGCUUUAAACUUAUUUAUACGUUGUCGGCAAUAUAAUAAACCUGUUGAUGAGUAAAGUCUUGAUUGUUGUGUCCUUCCUCCUGGCUGUAUCCAUACCCAACUAAGUUAAAUAAACGUAUAAGAUGGGCGAAAGCAACGAAAAGUUCAAAUUUGCCAUCGAUAGAGGCGGUACUUUUACGGACGUUUUUGCUAAAUGUCCUGGGGGCAAAAUACGAGUCCUUAAACUCUUAUCUGAGGACCCUCAGCACUAUAAAGAUGCUCCGACUGAAGGAAUACGCCGGAUACUACAAGAGGAAACUGGCAAUGCCUUGGAUAGCGACGGAAACGUCGACAGUACCUUAAUCGAAUGGAUUCGAAUGGGUACCACCGUCGCUACCAACGCUUUGCUCGAACGAAAAGGCGAAAGAAUAGCUUUCGUAACCAACGAAGGUUUCAAAGACAUUCUUUUGAUCGGCAAUCAAGCGCGACCAAAAAUUUUCGAACUUAACAUUAAACGACCUGAAGUCCUAUAUUCCGAAACCGUUGAAAUAGAUUGUCGGGUAGUCCCUCUCCUGAAAGGUCGGUGCGAGUUGGGAGACCCCAUUUUAAAGAAAUGGCGAGUUGUUGAGACACCGACUGGUGAACGCUUUUACAUAACACGAGAACUGAACAAAGACGAAGUUUACAACAAGUUGAAAGCGAUCAAAGACAAAGGCAUCAAUAGUAUCUCGGUGGCACUCGCCCACAGUUACACUUACCACGACCACGAGGUCGAAAUCGGCAAAAUCGCCCACCAAUUCGGCUUCCAACACGUCUCCCUCUCCCACCAAAUCAUCCCAAUGGUCCGGAUCGUCCCCCGAGGCUUCACCUGCUCAGCUGACGCCUACCUCACCCCCCACGUCAAGCGCUACCUCCAGGGCUUCUCCCACGGGUUCAAAAACCACCUGGAAGGCACCCGUGUCCUGUUCAUGCAAAGCGACGGAGGUCUGACCCCAAUGCACCAUUUCAACGGUGCAAGGGCCAUUCUCUCAGGCCCUGCAGGAGGCGUGGUGGGCUAUGCGGUCACCACCUGGCAGAAGGAAACCAAUCUCCCGGUGAUUGGGUUCGAUAUGGGCGGUACCUCCACCGACGUUUCGCGUUUUGCUGGCAGUUUUGAACACGUUUACGAAAGUACCACCGCUGGGGUUACCAUUCAAGCCCCCCAACUUGAUGUGAAUACGGUGGCGGCUGGGGGCGGUUCAAUGCUGUUCUUCAGGUCGGGGAUGUUUGUAGUGGGGCCUGAGUCGGCGGGGGCGCACCCGGGACCAGUUUGCUAUAAAAAAGGGGGGCCUUUGACGGUGACUGACGCCAAUUUGGCGCUUGGGCGACUUUUGCCUGACUUUUUCCCGAAGAUUUUUGGGCCUAAUGAAGACUCGGCCUUGGAUAAGGGGGCCACGGUUGAACAGUUCCAAAGGCUGACUAACGAGAUUAACGAUUUUUUGAACCGUGAGACCUUGAUGACGAUGGAAGAGGUCGCGAUGGGUUUCAUCAAAGUCGCCAACGAGAGCAUGUGUCGCCCCAUCCGGGCAUUAACCCAAGCCAAGGGCUACGACACGGCCCGUCAUGCCCUUGCAUGUUUUGGCGGAGCUGGAGGGCAACAUGCCUGCGCUAUUGCCCGCUCUUUGGGCAUGACGACCGUUUUCGUGCACAAAUAUGCCGGGAUCUUGUCCGCGUAUGGAAUGGCAUUGGCUGAUGUGGUCAAUGAAGCGCAGGAGCCUUGCGCCAAAGUUUACAACGACCUCAGUUUCGAGUAUUUCGACGAACGGUUCGAUUAUUUGGAAGACCAGUGCCGGAAAGAGUUACGGAAACAAGGGUUCAGUGACCAGAACAUCGAACUUAAACCCUUCCUGCACAUGCGGUACGAUGGUACCGACUGUGCCCUCAUGUGCAGUCCUGAAGUGGGGCCAAAUGGCACGAAACGUGGCGAUUUCAUGGCUUCCUUCCUUGAACGGUACCAGGCCGAAUUUGGGUUCGUUAUCCACAAGCGGAACGUUGUAGUUGAUGAUAUAAGGGUGAGAGGGAUUGGAAAAAGCGAUUUGGUUGAAGAAGUACCAAUUGAAAGUGCUAAAAGCGACCCAAAAUGUGAACAAACAACACGAGUUUACUUCGAAACGGGGUUCCAGGAGACUGGAGUUUACCUCCUGAAGAAUUUAAAGUCGGGGCAUGUUAUCAAAGGACCUGCCAUUGUCAUGGACAAUCUCAGUACCAUUUUGAUCGAACCUGACUGUACCGGUACCAUUACCAAAUUCGGAGAUAUUAAAAUCACCAUUGGGUCUGGGCAUGUCAAGGAGAUCGGCCCUGAGCUGGACUCCAUCCAGCUCAGUAUAUUUAGCCACCGCUUUAUGAGUAUUGCCGAGCAGAUGGGCAGGAUUUUGCAGCGUACUUCCAUCUCGACCAAUAUUAAGGAACGGUUGGAUUUUUCGUGUGCCUUGUUUGGGCCUGAUGGGGGUCUGGUGUCCAAUGCUCCCCAUAUUCCCGUUCAUUUGGGCGCUAUGCAGGAAGCCGUUCAGUACCAGAUGAAAACCAGGCAAAAAUUUAGCGAGGGCGAAGUGAUUUUGUCCAAUCACCCGGCUGCAGGGGGCUCGCAUUUGCCCGAUUUGACCGUCAUUACACCUGUUUUCCACAAGAGCGAAGCUAAGCCAAUUUUCUUCGUGGCGAGCCGUGGCCACCACGCCGACAUUGGCGGCAUAACCCCCGGCUCCAUGCCGCCCCAUUCCACCACUCUAAGUCAAGAAGGGGCGGCUUUCAAGUCGUUUACUUUGGUGGAAAACGGGCGAUUCCUCGAAGACGAGGUGAUUGCAGCGUUUACUAAAGCCGGUGGUCGCAAUCUAAGCGACAACAUCUCGGAUUUGCGGGCACAAGUUGCCGCCAAUAAAAAGGGCAUUGCUUUGGUGGGCGAGCUGAUCGAGCAGUACGGGCUGAGGGUGGUGCAGGCCUACAUGGACCACAUCCAGAAGAACGCCGAGGUCGCCGUGAGGGACAUGUUGAAGCAAGUGGCGAAGGACACGUUCGAAAGGACGGGGAAGAGUGUCCUUGAGGCGGAGGAGAGGAUGGAUGACGGGUCUCCCAUUGUUCUUAGGGUCACACUGGAUAGGGAGAAGGGCUCGGCGUUCUGUGACUUUACGGGCACUGGACCGGAAGUUUGGGGCAACUGCAAUGCGCCCAAAGCCAUCACGCUCUCGGCCCUUAUUUACUGCCUGCGCUGCAUGGUCGGACACGACGUUCCGCUUAAUCAGGGCUGCCUCGCCCCCGUGCAAAUCCACGUCCCGAAGGGCUCGAUUCUCGACCCCAGCGACAACGCUGCGGUUGUCGGCGGCAACGUUCAAACGUCCCAAAGAGUUGUCGACGUUGUUUUGAAGGCCUUCAGGGCGUGUGCCGCCUCCCAAGGAUGCAUGAAUAAUAUUACAUUUGGCAGCGGCUCCUGGGGGUGCUACGAGACCGUCGCUGGAGGCAGCGGAGCGGGCCCCGGAUGGCACGGAUGUUCCGGAGUGCACACACAUAUGACUAACACGAGGAUCACCGAUGUUGAAAUAUUGGAAAGGAGAUAUCCCGUACAUGUGCGCAAGUUUAUGUUACGACCAGGCACUGGCGGCACUGGCAGAUUUAGGGGCGGCGAUGGAGUCUUAAGGGAGAUUUUGUUUAGGGCUCCGGUGACGUUGUCAGUUCUCACUGAGAGGAGGGUCCUGCAGCCUUACGGACUCAACGGUGGUGGUCCCGGCGCUCGAGGUCUCAAUCUCUUAAUCAGAGCCGACGGUAGGACGAUCAAUCUCGGCCCGAAAACUGCAGUUCCCAUUUCACCCGGGGACGUCUUCCAGCUUCACACCCCCGGAGGUGGCGGUUACGGCUGCGAACAGGACGACCAGGACUUCCAGCACCCGGGGAAUGCCAGAACUAACGCUUCUCUUGGGACCUUCGUCGAGCGUGGAAGCGUUUUCGAAUACCGUCAAGGCCAAGAAAGCGUCUAAAUAAAUCCCCCUUGAUUUGUUUACUCGCGACUGCGAGCGAAUCUUAACUAGGGCUUUUUCAUUUGUUAAUCUAUUAGAGAGUUUAAAUAAAUGGUUGCAGCGUU